GUUUUUACGUUUCAGUAAGAGGGGAUUCAUUUCACAAUUCUUCCACAGCCGCACCCAUACCUAUACCGCAUUUCAAUCUCCGGACGCCGCCGCCGUACGGGACUUCAGAGCUCCAUUUCAAGCAGUCAUCAAUGGACAACCAGGCUCCGCCAGCUGAUGCUGUGGAAUCACUAUCUUUGAACGCGUCCUCUUCAUCCAGUUCCAUGUCUCAGAUGAGUUUGGAGGAGAAAUUUAACAUUAUUAGGAGCAUAGGGGAGGAAUGCAUCCAGGAAGAUGAGUUAAAAAAUCUGUUGGCAAAUAAGCCUCAACCAAUAUGCUACGAUGGAUUCGAACCCUCAGGUCGGAUGCACAUUGCUCAGGGGGUUAUGAAGGCAAUAAAUGUUAACAAGCUUAUAUCUGGGGGCUGUAAAGUGAAGAUCUGGAUUGCAGAUUGGUUUGCUCAGUUAAAUAACAAGAUGGGUGGAGACCUAAAGAAAAUUCAAGUUGUUGGGCAGUAUCUGAUUGAGAUAUGGAAAGCUGUGGGAAUGAAUCUGGAGAGUGGUCAAGUUGAGUUUUUAUGGUCCUCUGAAGAGAUCAAUUCUAGAGCUCAUGAGUACUGGCCACUUGUUAUGGACAUUGCACGCAGAAACAAACUUCCUAGAAUUAUGAGAUGCUGUCAAAUUAUGGGUCGCUCUGACCAAGAGGAAUUAACUGCUGCCCAAAUAUUUUACCCAUGCAUGCAGUGUGCUGACAUAUUUUUCCUCAAGGCUGACAUCUGUCAAUUGGGAAUGGACCAGCGUAAAGUGAAUGUACUUGCCAGAGAAUACUGUGAAGAUAUAAAGAGGAAAAACAAGCCUAUCAUAUUGUCUCAUCACAUGCUGCCUGGCUUGCAGGAAGGUCAAGAGAAGAUGUCAAAGAGUGAUCCAUCAUCUUCCAUUUUCAUGGAAGAUGAAGAGGCAGAUGUGAAUCUCAAGAUAAAGAAGGCAUUCUGCCCACCUAAGGUUGUAGAGAAAAACCCUUGUCUAGAAUACAUCAAGUACAUUAUCUUUCCCUGGUUUAAUGAGUUCAAGGUGGAGCGAAAUCCAGAUAAUGGUGGUGAAAAGACCUUCAAGACUUUUGAGGAACUUGUUGCCGACUAUGAAAGUGGUGCAUUGCACCCUGGGGAUCUUAAACCUGCUCUGUCAAAGGCACUAAACAAGAUCCUGCAGCCUGUGCGUGACCAUUUCAAGAACGAUGCCAAAGCGAAGGACCUUCUGAAGAGGGUAAAGGGUUAUAGAAUUACCAAGUAAUGUGAAAUGCAGGCAAAUUGAAUUUUCGCGAAUUCGGGCUAACCUGAGUUUUGGUGGUGGCAGUUAUCUGCCAUCUUAUUUAUGCUUCAUCCUGUUUCUUAAUACAAGUACUGUAGAAGUUUCUGUUUCUUAUGAAUUUAUCAUAUUUCAAUUAUAAAAGACAAUUGCAGUUGGAUUGAGAUGUUA